UAGCUUUCCUUUUCUCUGUGUACGGUAAAUCUUUGCUUAAGAGAUUAAAUUCAACAGAUCAAAGCAGCAGUGAUCGACGCAAUUUUUGUUGAUUUUUAUUAUUUUCUAAGUAAAAAUCAUACUAUUUUUUUUUUUAUGUUUGGGUAUGAUGAUAUGAAGGUGUGCUUAAUUUUGGCGCAAUUGAUACUUGAAAAUUGACAUGGAGAGAUAUGCUUUCAUGAUGUUGAAUUUUUUUUUAAAUUUAUUAUCUUAAUGGAAAAUGAUAUACAUAGCCCUUAGGGCUACGUAUAAGAAACUUAAAAUGGAAAUAAAAAUUUGAAUCAAGCAUUUAUUACCUCAAAUGAUGUGUAAUUUUGUCUUGAAUUCUUAAACCGUUUCCAUUUUAAAAAUGUAUUUAAUGCUUAUCCUUAGCCCUAAGGGCUACAUAUAACAUUACCAUAUCUUAAUAAUCUUUUAAUUUUGUGUGUUGAAGGUUAAUUUUGUUUGAACGGAGUUGAUUUCAAGAUUUGAGAUAUUUAAUCAGAGGAUAUUAUUGAUAUAAACUUUAUCUCGCCAGGUUAUAUCAAUCCAUUUAGAACUCAUAUUUAAUUGUUACAUUGCUGAAAUUUUCUAUGAUUUUAUAAAUAAUGGCCCCUAAUACUAGAAGAUAUGAUCCUGGAUAUGAAAAGCGUAAGAAAAGGAAAAAAAUGGAAUUGUUGAUUGAGUCUAAAAAAGGAGCUCUUGAUAAAUUCAUCAUCAAAGAAUCACAAGUUACUAAUGAUAAUGCUGAAAAUUAAAAUGUUGAUGUUCAUGUUGAAUCUCUAAUAAAUCUUGAAAAUGAUAUUGAUGUUGAACACGUCCAUGACGUGCCUAUUGUGAAUAACGAUAUGCCUAAUGGUAAUCCUAGUGUUGAUACUGCGCCUAACGAUAAUUCUACUUUUGGUAAUGUGCCGAAUGAUACUCCUAAUAUUGAUGAUGGGCCAAUUGAGAAUGAUAAUGUCAAUGGUGAAAAUGUUGAUAAUAUGCAUAAUGACAAUGUCGAUCCAUGUGAGCCUAGUUAUAUGCCUGAUAUAUAUGAUCCAAGAGUUUGGGAUGGUCUCAAUUAUAAAACGAUUGAUCUAUUAGUGCAAAAGGGGCCUAAAAGAGAUUAUUCUAUUGUGAAAGGUCCUAAAGAUAAUUUCUCUAGGUGAUUUACCGCUAAUCUAUAUGCUAGAGUUUUAUCAAAUGGUGAGAAAUGUGAUAGGGAUUGGCUUGUUUAUUCAAAAGAGCUUGAUAGGAAUUUUUGUUUUUGCUGCAAAUUAUUUAAAAAAGGAAUUGGUGGGGGUAAAUUAACAAACGAAGGCUUUUCUGAUUGGGGUCAUAUUGGCAUAAGACUUAAAGAACAUGAGACAAGCAUGGAUCAUGUUAAAAAUAUGACCACUUGGUAUGAGUUGCAUCUAAGAUUUCAAAAAAAUCAAACUAUUGAUAAGACAACUCAAAGAUAAAUUAAGAAAAGGAUCAUUGGAAAAAAGUGUUGCAAAUAAUUAUUUCAGUUGUCAAAUUUUUGGCUAAACAUAAUGUAGCAUUCCGUGGUUCUAAUGGGAAACUCUACCAAAAAAGUAAUGGUAAUUUUUUGGGCUUAAUUGAGAUGUUGGCAGAGUUUGAUCCAAUUUUCCAAGAACAUGUCAAGCGUAUUACUAAUAAUGAGACUCAAUAUCAUUAUCUUGGUCAUACCAUCCAAAAUGAGUUGAUACUUUUACUCGGUUCUGCAAUUAAAACUGAAUAUAUUAAGCAAAUUAAACAAGAAAAAUACUUUUCAGUGAUACUUGAUUGUACUCCUGAUG